UUCAAUAGUCGUACGUGAAUGAAACUGGCUCGUUGGCUGUGGACAUUGUGGUUCCUCGUAUCCCCUGUCAUCGACGAAUGACCUUCCUGGACGGGAGCCCGAAUGUCGCCAGUUUCGCUAGCGCUUUGGUGAAGAAGCGCUAGAUGCGAAAACAGCGCCAUUUCUGUCGGCGUCCAUGAUACGCGCUGCUACCGCAGCAGAUUCCAGAGCUCGAGCUCGGAACGGCAGCGGGAGAGAACUAGCCGCUCCCCUUUCGCUGCUUCUUUACUUCAGGCCACGGCAGAUCGUGCCUGUGCAGUAAGACCCAGUCCCACCAUGGACCUCUCUGCCUGAGACAGAAACACGUCUUGUGUUUUGCUCAGCGGCCGGGAGCUUUCAGCAGCCAUGCCUCACCAAACCCCUUAAGUACAUCCUGCUGGAGUAACGCCCUCCCCCCUCACCUCAUCGUCCAGAUCGGCUCUGCCUCAUCCCUUUUCGCCUUCGCUAGCUUCCCGCCAUGAGGCUGCUCUGCCUGAAAAUGGCCUACACCUGAGGUCCCAUGCGUCCUGUGAGCACCGAUUCAGACGGUCCUGCUCCUCCUGAGAACCUCUCUUGCCUCUUCCCCCUGCCCGCUUCAGAGAUGUCCUUGCUCCAGUCGCUGGGGCCGGUGCAGAGCUGGCUCGGCCAGGAGCUCGAGAAGUGUGGGAUCGACGCCAUGAUCUACACCCGCUACGUCCUGAGCCUUCUCCUGCACGACAGCUACGACUACGACCUGCAGGACCAGGAGAAUGACAUCUUCCUGGGAUGGGAGAAAGGAGCUGGGAAGAAGUGGGGCAAGGGCAAGAAGAAAGGAGGGACCGACCUGAGUCUAGAGGAGAUAAAGAAGCAAGCCGCCGUGCAAUGCCUUCGCUCUGCAUCUGAUGAAAACUCUGGAAUUGAGAGUCUGGUUGAAGAGCUUUGCUCUAAACUUAAGGACAUCCAAAACAAACAGAAAGAAGAGAAACACAUUCAAAAGAAAUCGGAUGGCUGUCAGUCACCAGAACGUGUCGAUUCGCCUUCUUCUAAGGACCAGGUGGAAAUGUACUAUGAAGCCUUUCCUCCUUUGUCAGAGAAACCUGUUUGUCUCCAAGAGAUCAUGACGGUGUGGAACAAGGCCAAGGCCUGCACAUACUCCAGUUCAUCAUCCUCUGCAGCUCCACAAACCAGCACGGACACCUCCUCCCCCAAAGACUGCAACAGUGACGGCGAGGCUGCAAAAGAGCGACACCUCGAGGCAUGUGGUACCAUUCCUACUGUGACCAGCGAGAGAGGCCAGCAACGACGAAGCAAGAAAGAGAAGGAAAACCGAUGCCAUGGUGGCGCAGCAGCUGAGGAGAAGACCAUCAGCCACUCUAAGAGACAGAUCAGACACAGAUCUGAGGGCAAAUAUCGACCCAGAUCCUGGUCUUCUGGUUCUAGUGAGGCAGGGUCGAGCUCCAGCGGGAAUCAGGGUGACACAAAGUCAUCCAGAAGCAAAACAGUUAGAGUAAGGCACAAAUCCAGGGAGGCUGCCAAGAACAAGAGGACACGCAACAACGGGCAGGUGAAGCUGCAGAUGAAGGUGAUCGAUAAGGAGGAAAGAAGAAACGUAGGAGCGAGUGGUGGCGGCACGACCAGCAGCGCUGCUAAACAACCACAGCUUUAUAAGAAGGGGAAAAGACCGUUGAAGGAGAUUCGUAAAGAGCUGGGCUGGCUGGAAGCGAGGGAGUCUGCAGUUGAGGCCAGAAACAAAAAAGAGUACAAGGAGGAGCCCCUGUGGUACACCGAGCCCAUCACGGAGUACUUUGUACCAUUCAGUAGCUGUCGAAGUAAGCUUGAAACGAAGUAUCGCAGCAAGGUGGGCUCUCCGGACGGCUUUGACUUUUCUGCGGAAAUGGAAAGGCUGCCCGAAAAAAUCCAGGGAAUCUGCAUUGCCAGCGAGAGCUACCAGCGGGCCUAUCUACCAGCAGGCUCAUUUGUGGAUGGGCACUUCGUGGAAGCGCCUGGCGAUGCGGAGAGCGAACCCGCCGACCUCACUGACACUUUGCGCUGCCCUCAGCCAGAAGAUAGUAGAGAUUUAGAUGACAAGCAUCUGUCUGAAUUCACUGACUUCUAUGAAGUCGAUAUUUAUCAAUCCAUAUUGGAUACUAGUGCCUCAGACACGAUACAAGAGAGUCGGAUCUUGAGCCUGAUUCGACAGAAAAGCAAAGAGCAAGGAGACAAUGAGGCAGAGUGCUGUUUAGUGUUAGAUGGCCUUGAGCAGCAAGGGAAAAGUGCAAUAGAGGCAGACUCACAGGAAGCUUCGGGAACUGUUGGGUUCUUAAUGGAGGAUUUUGAAAACUUGGUACAUGUAUGGGGGUGUUACUCCCCGUCUUCUUCCGAAGACAUAGACGGGGAAAGCUUCCUUGGAGACUCUCCCGUCCGGCUCUCUCCGCUGCUGGAUAGCGUGUCGUUGACUCUGAGCAAGCUAUCCAGACCACUAGAAGAACCAGCCGUUCCUGAAGCUCCCAGUGAAGCAUCUGCUUUGGAUUCAUCCUGCUUCUCCCUUUUCGAGGUGCAGUGUGAUGGCGCCACUUUUCCCUUCCCCCGAGACCCGCUUUCUGUCAGUCACGAAAACACCAAUUCUAGUAGCUGUCUCGACCCGCAUUCUAAUAAGCAGUCCCGCUUGCUAAUAUGGACCAAAAAUAGUGCCUUUGACGAAACGGAACACUGUUCGAAUCUAUCGACGCGAACUUGCAGCCCAUGGUCGCAUUCAGAGGAGACUCGGUCGGACAACGAGCAGGGCAAUGCUCUGGCAGAGGAUGCCGCUCCGUUCUGCAGAGAUGAACCGGACCGAGUCAUCCCUCCUCCUCUGUCGGGUACAUAUCUAGAAGAUGAAAUCUUGGAGUUUUUGCAGGAGGACUCGGGCAAAAAGUGUGAAAAUGUCAGCGUCAGUACAGCACCCAAUCAGACCUUUACCAAAAAAUCUAAAUUAGAGUCCAUUUGUGGCAUAGCACUAGAAAGGGAUGAGAGCAAACCGUACAGCACAGACGUGUUUUCAGACAACGCGAACCAACAGAGUGACGAUUACAGCUCAGGGAUUAUAAAAGACAUUUGGACCGCCAUAGGAGAUGGGAAAUUUGCUGCAUCGAAGCACGGGGCAGACAAGCCAGGCAAGGGGCUCUUCUCUGAUGAGUCGGACACUUGCUGUUGCCGGUGUCUGGAGGUCCAGACUAAAGGAGUUUCUGUUCAGGGACCUCAGAAAAAGGCUGUGCAGCGAUCUGAGUAUCGCCUUUGGGAUGGCAAGAAAGAAGAACAGGACUUGGCCAAAAACAAGCUCUCCAAAGUAGACGCCGCUGGGGAUUACAUGACUCCGUCCAAGCCCUGGGACUUGAACUCCGACAAGGAAAGUUCAGCGUUCAUCCUCGGAGGAGUAUAUGGAGAGUUGAAAACACUAAGCGGCGAUAAAAACUGGGCGGUCGUGCCGCCGAGCGAUACUCAAGAUAGCUUGCUACAGUGCGCCGCCGCUGCUGCUUCCGCGUCCAGCGCCGACAUGCUGACCAUCACGGGCAGAGAUGUAUUCAUGAACACGAGCAGCCGCUUCGCCCCUGGGCACCGGCCCCUAUGGAGGCCCCUCGUUUCCUUUGGGCAGAGCGACCAGGCCAUUAAAGGAGGCGGAGACGGAUUGAAUAAGGGAUUUUCUCUGAUCUUCCAUGAAGAUUUGCUCGGCUCAUACGGGGGCUUGCACAGAGAGGAGCAAGGUCUAGAAUACCCGUUUGCAUCCUUCAACCUGAACAAUCCCUUCUCUCAAGUCCUCCAUGUCGAGUGUUCCUUUGAGCCUGAGGAUAUGGCUUCUUUCAGUCCGGGAUUCAAGCCCAAAUCUAUUCUUUGCUCGGAUUCAGAGAGUGAAGCCUUCCACACUCGAAUUUAUGGCAUCAACCGGACGCAGUACAGAGCCAUCCGCAUUUCACCCAGGACUCAUUUCCGACCAAUAUCGGCCUCAGAGCUGUCUCCUGGUGGUGUUAGUGAUUCGGAGGCCGAGACCGACAAAGAAGAGAUGAGUUUUCCCAUCGCGGCACCGGUGGAUGUGUUCGACGAUCCUCAGGCCGACCUCAAACCUCUGGAGGAGGACGCCGAAUGCGAGGGACCUUAUUACGGGAAGUCAGAACUGGAAUCUGGUAAAUUUUUACCAAGAUUAAAGAAGUCUGGCAUGGAGAAGAGUGCCCAGACCUCUCUGGAUUCGCAGGAGGGCUCAAGUACCCUUCUGCCAAUUGCCGAGCAAGAGAGCGGCUUGAGCUGCAAAACGGCAACAGCGGCCGUGCCGAGCGCAGGCGAACAGGUGGAUGUGGGCAAGAUUCAACAAGAAGAAUCUGCAGAGGAGAAGCAGCCCCAUGUAUGCUCACCGGCAGGUCAGACCCCCAAGUAUGGGAUCGCUUAUGACUAUGUUGGCGACAUGCAAGAGUUCCCUCUGUUAAAUAGAAGUGGUCAGGGAGGAAUUGACAGCCAGCAAGAUGAGUUCUGGUGGCAGAACACAAUUUGUUCCCCCCUUUUCCCUGGUUCUCAGUGUACAGGGAGCAGCAACAUUUGACUUCUCCAGUUUUGCGGAGGACACCUGUCACUGAGAGGAGAACUUCCUCUAGUCUUGGGACUGGACCUCUACCAGCAAAAGAUUCAGGAAAACCUAACGUAGGCUAAUUUUUCUGAGACUCCCUCUCCAAAUCCUCCCUGUCCCAACACAUAACCCUGUUGGCUUUUCAUUUACUAACGUAAAAACAACAACCUUGUGUAAUCAACAAUCAGAUCAACAAAAAGAGUGAAAAAAGGUAAAAAAAAAAAAAAAAAGUUCUGUCUUUGAGUGAUGCAAUGAUUAUUCUGCACACCAGUCCUUUUUCAAAUCUCACAGUUAGCUUGUAGAGAUGCUUCUAUUUUUCUUUUUUUUUUCUUCUUCUUCUUUUUUGUUCUAUCCUUGUCCUAUUCCGUUCCCACCAUUUUUUUGAGAGCGAACCAAGGUUUCUGGUGGUCGGUGCCGUCUGAAUGGUUGUGCAUGUUUUUGUUCGUCCAGGCAGUCUCACUCCUGUUGUUUUUUUUUCUAGUUGAAACAGAUGUUGCGUGAAACAAGUGCUGCCACAUUCUCUACUUUCUCCAUGUUAGAUUCAGAAAGAAAAUACAAGGACAUGAAGAUUUUCCUUUUAUUUGACUUCUGUGUCGGAUUUGAGAGUUUAAUUUAUCUUGAUUGUGCAACUUUCUGAAUGCAAAGUAGAGAAUGUGCUCAGCUUUCUUCUAAAUAUCCUCAACUUCCCUGUGUGUGAAAAGUUGUCUGAUUUUUUUUUUUUUGUUUGUUUUGAAUGGUGAUAGUCUUUUAAAGAGCUAGUUGUAGAUAUAGUGUGGUUUGUGAGGUUAAAAAAAAUCUUUGAAACAUAAAAAUAACCAUAAAUUAAUGUUUUGUCGGGGGAACAAUACCAGUGGUCUCCCACAAAUUGCAAUACUGUACACAAAAUUGGUUUAAAAGUAAUCUACAUAUUAAAAAAAAAAAGACAAAAAAAAAGGUUUUGAGCUAAAGAGCCUUCAUAAGGUGGCCCAACUGCAGCCAUCUCUCCAGACAUCUGAGUUGCAGUUGAAACAUUUUUCUAAUUUUAUUUUAUUUUAAUUUUUUUUUUGUGAAUUCUAUGGUACAAAACAUUGGUGCUAUUAAAAUGUUCCAAAAUCUUUUGAAGUUCAAUAAAUCUGGCUGUGAUACAUUUAUGACAGUUUCUAGCCAGACUCCAGAAAUGCUUCGGGUUUUUUUUUUUUUUUUUUUUUUUUUUUUUGCAAAUAUUUUUAGUGAGAAUUUAUGACCGAACACAGUUCUUACUUUAACAUAAGCUUGUUUUCUUUUUUUCUUUCUGACCUUUAAUUUAAUGACUAGUAGACAUGUUUUAAAAAAAAAAAAUUCACGUUUGAACACGUCUUUUUGAGUUCAAAGCCCCCGCCGGCAGAAAGGAAAGGACAACAUCACAGCAGACACAAAGGAAGCAAACCGUGUUGUAACAAGUGGCCGGGCAACAGUCUAACCAAAAAAACAAAGAGGAAGUACUCUAAAUCACAGAUUUAUUUUGUUUUUCCUACGUGGGGUGUUUUUUGUUUUUUUUGUUUUUUUUCUUUUUCUUUUUUUUGGGUUUAUCUUUUGAAAUACUGACUCGUGUCUUCUCUGUUUUGUGUGUGAUGGUGUAGAACUUGUGAAGACACUGGUUCAUACUGAGUGUAAUAAAAGUUUUAACUUCCAAGAAACGGGAACGGCCGCAGAAAUGCUUCUGCGCAGUAACUGGGAACCACACCUCCUCCCGCUCCGCCCUUUGAGCUGUUAUCUAGAAACUCUGAAGUUUUCCACGCUUAAAAAAAAAAUUUGAAUGAAAGCGGUUUUCUUUUUUAUUUUUCAUCAAAAAUUAUUUUCCGUGACGAUUGAGAUUAACAUGAGUGAACUAAUUAUCUCAAGUACCACAGAAGUGAGGCUACUAAAAAUCUGUAUCGUCAUGAGUGUGAAUGUUGUUUAAACCCAAUGAUAGUUCAGCCCUGUGGUACUUCAAUUAACAAAAAAUACAAAAAUUAAAAAAAAAAUCCCAUCGAGUAGUGAAACGAAGCAAACUUAACUUCAGGGUCUCGUCCCCUUUCCUUAACAGUCAAAGAUACUCAGGAAUUUUUUAAUAUAAGCAUAAUCUACACUCAGACCUGUGAUAGUGCAGUGAUGCAUUAAUGUUUGUUUUUUUGUCGAGCAGGAAUUGGUGGCAGACGUUGUUUUCAAGCAUACCGCUGUAAUGACUGUCAUUAAUGUAGAGCUAUAGUUUUAAAUACGAAAAAAGUAAAUAAAAUAAAAAAAUCGAAGCCAUUGAUUGCAUAAACGGCGUGGGAGGGAAUUUCAGGAGCCCUGAGUUCUAUGCAAUACGUUGGCGCAUGUAAAAGAUUUCUAAAGUAUACGGACGCAAGUCAUGCAGCUGAUUAUUUUUUUGUUUUGUUUUUUUGUUUUUAUUUUAAAGUUUUUGCAUGCGGGGCUACUUUUGAGCGAGGGAUGCCUGAGAACACAGUGGAAUGUCUCUGAGAAAUAAAGCAUGCAAACGUCACACUCCAUUGCUUUAAGUUGGAUGAAACACAUCUUAGUUAAAGGUUUAAAUUGGUGAGAGAAUGUUGCGUGUGUGCGUGCGUGAAUGUGUGCGAGAAACAGUCACAAAAAAAAAACAUUGGAUGGAUUGCAUCACAUCUUUCUCCUCAACUUUCAUUUUUUUGAAUAAGCUGUUUUAAAACAAGGAAAGGAACAUGAAUCCCUGUCUGGCAGGAAAAUGUAUUCAGUGAUUGUGUGACGUGUUUUGAAAGGAGAUGGACUUUUUGACGAAGUUUCACUGAGUCUGGCCGACACUUUGGUCUGAAGUGCCAGCCUGAAGACCGCCAUACGAUGCUGAAAAUCAGAAUUUUCCUCGUCUUUUCAUUCCCACCCAGAAAGAUGCUCCUCCAAACCCCUCCCUCUUCCUUUAUGACCCUAAUAGAUGUGUUCUAAUUUCAUGUACACCAUGAGUAAAUUAUUUUGUUUCAUUGUGGAGUUCCUUAACAUCUAAUAAAUGAAUAAAGCAAACCUCA